AUGGGAAGACUUUUGCCGAGGAUCUCGAGCUGGGCUGCACUCACCCUAUGCGCUGAUGGCAUCGUUCGAUCAGCCGGAGACCAGUGCAGCACCAUCUGUGAUUUGAUCAAAGCCGAGGUGUCAUCGUCGGAAGCUUGUGCAAAAUCUAGGAAAAGCCUGCCUCGCCCCAAGAUCGGUCGGGUUUGCCAGGAAGGCUUUGAUGAGGCCUUCAACCUCACGUGCAGGGAGCUUUGUUCCUUUCAUGGGACGAGUAGACUUGUUCCAAGUCACCUUGGCGGCGCAUGCGACAAACGGGGUAUGCAGCGCAAUGUACAACAGCCAAGCAUUCCCACCGUAGUACCCUCGUUUGAACGUCCCUCAAACAUGCAACACGACGCCUUCCACAGGAAACGGGAGGUGCCCAGGCCUGCCGUUCACAGGGCAUGUGUGGAUGGCUUCAAUGCAGGCCUAGCAGCGACGACUACAUUGGUCACCAAGCGCAUAGAAUCCAUGGACGACGAUGCGAGGAAUAGCUUCAUGCAAAACAACGCCAACUUGCUGAAGGAGGCUGACGCCGAGCGUGACACUUCAAAAGAAGUUGCGAAAGCAAGGGACGCCCAACAAGUACAGCAGAGAGAGGAAGCGCAGGAGAGCGCGCGAAAAGCUUUCGAAGAGAAAUCGGCAGAAGUCCAGCGCGAGAAGGAGGCCUUAUCGAAGAAGCAGGAGCUUGAAACGACCAGGGUAGCGGAGGAAGCCGAACACAACCUAAAACAAGCGGAACAGGAAAGACAGGCACGCAUGAGUGAGCGAAUCAAAGCUGCAGACCCAAAGGACACGAAGGAAGACACAGGCGUCGAUAGCAGCGCUGCAACUACCGACCGCAGUGGAACUGCUGCUGCGCACUCAAGGCUGCAGAGGAUAAUUCCCGAGGAGACGAGAAAGGAUGCCCCAAUCUCUGGUGCGAAAGAUUUCUCUGGCGCAGGAGCUGGCGGAGCGCACUACCCGGAGCUACCCUGGGCGGUGCAAGCCAUGGGAGUCGAAGCGGAGAAAGCAUGGGUGCCUGUCGAGGAAAGGGAAUUAGAAAGCAGGGAAAGCGCGGAAGCGACUCCUACCGGUGAAAUGCUCGAGGAGGCUCUUACACCUGGAAAACGCACUCAGGGGUUGCAGUCUGCGCUCGAAGACUACGACACACACGAGGUCAAUGCUUUGCCAGCGGUGGUGGUAGAGAAGGAAGCCUACGCCGGUUUAAAGGAUGAGCGCACCAUCGGAGUCCGGAAUGACCCAACGUAUCGAGACAUGGCGGAGAGCGUGAAGGGUUUGGAGGUUCCGCUGAAAAAGGAGCGUGCAUCAAGCGAAGCGGUCGACGGCCAAGCCGGUUUGGAACCAGACCUUGAGCGAGAUGCCACCUCAGAGGAUGACGCCGCCAUAGCACUGUCAAACGACCGCCGGCAACAAAGUAUACGAAUGAGCGUGAAGGGAUUGGAGUUUCCACUGGCACAGGAAGGUGCUCCAAGCGAAGCCCUCAACGGCCAAGCCGGUUCGGAAGCAGACCUUGAGCGAGGAGCCACUUCGGAGAAAAGCGCCGGCGUCGAACUCUCAAACAGCGGCUGGCACCAAAAAGAAGUGGCAGCAACAGGAGCAGUUCUAGCGAAACGGGGUGCUCUUGAUGACGGCUUGAAAUAUACUGGUGGAGCUUUCCAGCAAUCUCCGGCAGAGACCGGUUUAGACGCCGGGUCGGAAAAUAGCACCGUCACAAACCUUGCGAACGACCGCGUUUUUCUAGAAGCCUUCAUGCAGGAGCACGUUCAGGGUUCUGAAGCACCGUUGGUACAGCAAGAUGGACCGGCAAGCAAUUUCGAUGAUCCAGACGAUGAAUCGGCAACGGCGUAGAAUGGGACAAAGUUUGGUUCAGAGGAUACCCUGGAACCCAUCUAUCACGAGGGGCUCGUUGCCGAACGUGUUGACGGGUUUGAGAGCGAUGAUUUAUGUGUUCAGGAUGUUGGCCUUCUGCGCGAUACGGUGGCCAACCCAGCCGCUGAAGCACCAGCAGAAACCAGAAAGAGCCUGCAUGUUGGUGGCGGACUUACCGAUGAUUUACCCAAUGCUUCGCCGUAUCGCUGAGUGCCUUCAUUGGAGUAUGCUGAGGGACCUCUGCGUAGAGAGGACACCUGGGAAAACUUUAAUGAGAAGUGGGGGCUGUUUUCAACAUUUACCAUCUGACCUGACGGAUUCAGGAAAAUAGGANAUACGGUGGCCAACCCAGCCGCUGAAGCACCAGCAGAAACCAGAAAGAGCCUGCAUGUUGGUGGCGGACUUACCGAUGAUUUACCCAAUGCUUCGCCGUAUCGCUGAGUGCCUUCAUUGGAGUAUGCUGAGGGACCUCUGCGUAGAGAGGACACCUGGGAAAACUUUAAUGAGAAGUGGGGGCUGUUUUCAACAUUUACCAUCUGACCUGACGGAUUCAGGAAAAUAGGAGUAGCACGAAUUGAAUACCGACGGCAUAUUUAUCAGUUGAGCGGUCACACAGUUCAUCAGGACCACGGAAUGCCUCGUCGGUUUGUCUGACAUUUUUCUUAGACUAUUUUCAAGAACGUACACUGUACUGCUAGACCAAAACUCGGCAGUCCUCUUCGUGUCCACAUCUUACUUUCUGGCGAGCUGGCGCACACGUGCGAUAGCAGAAAAUUUGGCUUGGGUGGAUCGUUGUAUGUUCUUACAAGGGUCCCGGACGGGGGGGGGCUCAACGUCCCUCCGUCCUCCGAAGAAGGGUUGGGAUCAUGUCAAUAAGGUUGAUAUGGAGACAUAAUACCAAGGGUGAAGAGGUGUGAAGGUUGUGACAGUUAUGGUGGAAGUGGGGACACAUUGCACGCGCCGCUUUUGAAGUCGAUAAAUGUGGAUGGUGAGGAGUGGUGAUGAGCAUAGCUGCUGAUCCUGAAACAAAAAUGCGCGCGCGGAGGCGUGUAACCGCCUCGUCGGCCCGACUGUGAGCUGAUGAAUUUCGCCGCAUUUAUUUUCUUUAUUUUCUCGAUUAUGGAGGCAACUGUGGUCUCCACAUUACCCCCCCCUUUUUCGAGGCUUCUUUUUGUUUGCUAGGCAAGAGAAGUCUUCUUGGGGUAACCGGAACCCGACCGGCUGGCGGCGAGUAGAACCCCCUUUUUUUCCACCAUUCCUCUGUGCGUGUGUGCGGGUGCGCCACUUCCGCCACGCAUUGCCAGAAGUUUCGAGUUCGAAAGACAUCAGUGCAUCGUUUCUUGGCCCACCCACCGUUUUUCUUUUUUUCCGUACUCCGGAAGAAAAUUUGGUGAGCAGCGGGUUUUGAACCCGUGUCUUUUGCAACCAAGGGCAGACGCGCUGACGUCUCUUCGUCGACGCCAUUGUGGAAAAGAGGCUU